AUGGCGCUAUGAGCGGUGUAGAGCAUUUGGUCUAAGGCCUGCAGCCUGCGGGCCUGCCUGCCGCGGCCCUGGGGGCUGAGGGCGGGUGCCCUCCGGAUGUUUCGCACGGGCUCCGCUCUGCUGUCUGUGCGUAAAUUCACAGACAAACAUGAGUGGAUAAUAACAGAAAAUGGUAUUGGAACAGUGGGAAUCAGCAAUUUUGCACAGGAAGCUUUGGGAGAUGUUGUUUACUGUAGUCUGCCUGAAGUUGGGACAAAAUUGAAGCAAGAGGAGUUUGGUGCUUUGGAAAGUGUGAAAGCUGCUAGUGAACUCUAUUCUCCUCUAUCAGGAGAAGUAACUGAAAUUAAUGAAGCUCUUGCAGAAAAUCCAGGACUUGUCAACAAAUCUUGUUAUGAAGAUGGUUGGCUGAUCAAGAAAACACUCAGUAAUCCUUCAGAACUGGAUGAAUUGAUGAGUGAAGAAGCAUAUGAGAAAUACAUAAAAUCUAUUGAGGAGUAAAAAUGGAACCCCUAAAUAAACUAUUAUGAAACAACUUAA